UUCAUCUACAGCAUAUCAAGCCCUGUGAUUGUCUUUCCCUACCUUGCAGGCAUGAGCAUACUGAGCACCAUCAGCAUCGAGCGCUGCCUGUCUGUCCUGUGGCCCAUCUGGUACCGCUGCUGCCGCCCAAGACACAUGUCAGCGGUUGUGUGUGCCCUGCUCUGGCCACUGUCUCUGCUGCUGAGCAUCCUGGAAGUGUACUAUUGUGCCUUUUCAUUUGGGGGGAUAUAUGACCAUAGUUGGUGUCAGACGAUUGAUUUCCUCUCUGGCUCUUGGCUAUUGUUUUUAUUUGUGGUUCUUUCUGGGUCCAGCCUGGCACUGUUGCUCCGGAUUCUCUGUAGCCUCCGGAAGAUGCAGCUGACCAGGCUGUAUGUGACCAUCCUGCUGGCAGUGCUGGUCUUCCUCCUUUGUGGCCUGCCUGUAGGCAUCGAAUGGUUUUUAGUAUUCUGGAUUCAGAAGUUUGAUGCAUUCACUUGUCGUUUUUUUGAGGUUUCAGAUGUCCUGUCCUGUGUUAACAGCAGCGCCAACCCCAUCAUUUACUUCUUUGUGGGUUCCUCUAAGCCGCGUCAAAAUAGGAAGUCCCUCAAGCUGGUUCUCCAGAGCGCUCUGCAGGACACUGCUGAGGUGGAUGGAU